AGUGACUCCGCGGCAGUGGAGCUGGACGCGCGUCUGGGCGGCUCGUCUGACUUCUGCCUGCCCCCACCUCCGGACGCUCAGUUCCGAGGAGAAUCCGACAAUGAAGACACAGUGGAAGGUGCUCCUGGGACUGCUGGGGACUGCUGCCCUCGUCACCAUCAUCACGGUGCCCGCGGUUCUGCUGAACAAAGACAAUGAUGCUACAGCUGACAGUCGCAGAACCUACAGUCUAACUGAUUAUUUAAAAAGUACUUUUAGAACGAAAGCUUACAACUUGCGAUGGGUUUCAGACCAUGAAUAUCUCUACAAACAAGAAAAUAAUAUCUUGCUAUUCAAUGCCGAAUACGGAAACAGCUCCAUUUUCUUGGAGAACAGUACAAUUGAUCAGUUUGGACAUUCUAUAAGUGAUUAUUCAGUAUCUCCUGAUGGACAGUUUGUUCUUUUAGAGUACAACAAUGUGAAGAAAUGGAGGCAUUCCUACACAGCUUCAUAUGAUAUCUAUGACUUAAAUAAAAGGCAGCUGAUUACAGACGAAAGAAUUCCAAAUGACACACAGUUGAUCACAUGGUCACCAGAGGGUCAUAAAUUGGCAUAUGUUUGGAAAAAUGAUAUUUAUGUAAAAAAUGAACCCACUUCAUCAGGUCAGAGGAUCACAUGGAAUGGGAAAGAAGAUGUAAUAAAUAAUGGAAUACCUGACUGGGUUUAUGAAGAGGAAGUCUUCAGUACCCACUCUGCUCUGUGGUGGUCUCCAAACGGCACUUUUUUAGCAUAUGCCCAAUUUAAUGACACUGAAGUCCCACCUAUUGAAUUCUCCAUCUACUUGGAUGAGUCACUACAGUACCCUAAGACUAUGCGUAUUCCAUAUCCAAAGGCAGGAGCUAUGAAUCCAACUGUAAAGGUCUUUGUUGUAAAUACCGACAAUCUCACCAAUGCAGUUCCUAAGCAAAUCGUUGCUCCUGCUUCUGUGUUAAUAGGGGAUCACUACUUGUGUGAUGUGACAUGGGUAACCAAGGACAGGAUUUCUUUGCAAUGGCUCCGGAGGAUUCAGAACUAUUCAGUCAUGGAUAUUUGUGACUAUGAGUCUAAUGGAAGAUGGGAUUGCUCAGUGGCACGGCAACACAUUGAAACAAGUACGACUGGCUGGGUUGGAAGAUUUAGGCCUUCAGAACCUCAUUUUACCUCUGAUGGGAAUAGCUUCUACAAAAUCAUCAGUGACAAAGAGGGCUACAAACACAUUUGUUUUUUCCAAAUAGGUAAAGAAAAUUGCACAUUUCUUACAAAAGGAGCCUGGGAAGUCAUCAGUAUAGAAGCUCUUACCAGUUAUUACCUAUACUACAUUAGUAAUGAAAAUAAAGGCAUGCCAGGAGGAAGAAAUCUUUAUAAAAUCAAACUUAAUGACUACACAAACGUGACAUGCAUUAGUUGUGAGCUGAAACCAAAUGAGUGUCAGUACUAUUCUGCAUCAUUUAGUAAAGAGGCGAAGUACUAUCAACUCAGAUGUUCAGGCCCUGGUCUGCCCCACUAUACUCUGCAUAGCAGCAGCAAUGAUAAAGAACUGAGAGUCCUGGAAGACAAUUCAGCUUUGGCUAAAAUGCUGCAGGAUGUCCAGAUGCCUACAAAAGAACUGAACGUCAUUACUUUGAAUGAAACAAAAUUUUGGUAUCAGAUGAUCCUCCCUCCUCAUUUUGAUAAAUCCAAGAAAUAUCCUCUACUAAUAGAUGUGUAUGCAGGACCCUGUAGUCAAAAAGUAGACGCCACCUUCACACUCAACUGGGCUACUUACCUUGCAAGCACAGAAAACAUUAUAGUAGCUAGCUUUGAUGGCAGAGGAAGUGGUUACCAAGGAGAUAAGAUCAUGCACGCAAUCAACAGACGACUGGGAACACUUGAAGUUCAAGAUCAAAUUGAAGCAGCCAGGCAAUUUUCAAAAAUGGAAUUUGUGGAUGACAAACGAAUUGCAAUUUGGGGCUGGUCAUAUGGAGGGUACGUAACCUCAAUGGUCUUGGGAGCAGGAAGUCGCGUGUUCAAGUGUGGAAUAGCCGUGGCGCCUGUGUCAUCAUGGGAGUUCUAUGACUCCGUGUACACAGAACGUUACAUGGGUCUCCCAACUGCAGAAGACAACCUUGGCCAUUACAAGAAUUCAACAGUCAUGAGCAGAGCUGAAAAUUUUAAACUAGUUGAGUACCUCCUUAUUCAUGGAACAGCAGAUGAUAACGUUCAUUUUCAGCAGUCGGCUCAGAUCUCCAAAGCCCUGGUGGAUGCUGGAGUGGAUUUCCAGGCAAUGUGGUAUACAGACGAAGACCAUGGAAUCGGUACCAGCUCAGCACACCAACAUAUAUACACUCACAUGAGCCACUUCAUAAAACAAUGCUUCUCUUUACCUUAGCACCUCAAAACAGCCUGCCAUUUAAAGCUUAUUAAAAGCUAUUUUGUUCUCAUGAUCUUAAAACUCCACUGUCAAGAUGAUAUAAAAAAAAUAUACUCAAAUCAAGAAAUUUAAGGUUACUUUGUUCCCAAAUUUUAUGUCUAGGACCCUAAGUGGGAACUUCUGUCAUUGCAACAGAUUAUUACCAUACAGAAGUUUGAAUUAUUCAGUCUGGUUUUGUUUAUUAUUUAAAAUCAUUUCCACAUCACUUGCUGAAACAACAAAUAUGGAUUGUUUUUAGGGGAGCUUUGCAUAGGUUUCCUGGGCAUCAUUUCAUUUUUUUCCUAGCUGGACUAGUCCAAAUAUUGUUCUGUUCUUUAAAGGGAUGGUAAGAUGUGCGCAGUGAUGCGCUGAAGCGGGGGUAAGAAGAGGGGGUAGGGAGAGAAGCUAGCUGGGCCUGGCUGGGAACCCAAGUCCAAGCACGCUGACCCGACCAGGCUGCUGUCAGCUCCUCUCAGAGAAGAGCUGUUCACAGCCAGAUUGGCACAGUUUUCUGAGAAAGACUAUUCAAACUGUCUCAGGAAAUCAUAUAUGCAAAGCUCUGACUUCUGAGUAAAACCACAGCAGUUGAACAGACUCCAAAGCAAUGAGAGAGAAACUGCCAACAAUGCAAAGCCCCCAGGUGCCAGUUAUGGCUAUAGGUGCUACAAAAACACAGCGAGGGUGAUGGGAAAGCAUUGUCAACGUGCUCUAAAAAAUACUGAUGUUUCCUCCUGAAAGAGGCAGCUUGGAACUGAGAUAUGAACACAUCAGCUUGCCCUGUUAAAAGAUGAAAAUAUUUGUCUUGUAAAUCCUAACUUGAAAGAGUACUUGCAUCAAAUUUUCUUAUUUCUUUGAGCACCUUAAUUAAAAGAAUAUUUUUACUUCCUUGGA